CUGCUGCUGCCUCACUUCCACUCUGCUCCCCGGAGUACCAUCACAAACACUCAGCUCCUCCCGGACUCUGGGAGCUUCAGGGCGGUUUCUGUGCGCGACGAUGCUGCCUGUGAUGGUCAGAGGGCCGGCGGGGCUCCGGGCCUCGGGCUCGGGGUUGAAGCUGGAGCUGUGAUCGCGGAGGUCUGCUCUCAUUGUGUGCCGAGUGGCGCAGGAGAAGAGGAUGUCUCCGCGGCCGCGGGAACCCCUCCCAUUCCUGCCACAACACUUGAUUAUUAGCCGACACCGAGGUGCUGUUGUCCCCCGUCUGACCGAGGGCUUGUUCAUCGGAGGAGCGCUGGUUUUUGAGGGACUUUGUCCACCAUGCUGCUCGCUCAGGAAUCAUGAGAGCUCUCAAUGAAAACAACGAGGAGGAGGAGGAGAAGGAGGGAUCUGGGUGCAACGCCAUGGAGGAAACGGAGAACAAUCUGAAAACGGCCAGGUUGUGGAGGGAUGCCGCCCUCCGCUCCAGGAAGCUGCGGAGCAACCUCCGCCAGCUGACCCUCUGCUCCAAAAACAACCAGAUCAUCCUGCCCGACGACAUAUCCGACAUAGAGGUGCUCAACCUGGGAAACAACUCCCUCCAGGAGCUGCCGGACGGACUGCAGUCCACCCUCAACAACCUGCGCAUCCUCAUCCUCCGCAGGAACAGGUUCUCCGCUGUGCCCAGGGUGGUGCUGGAGCUGGGGCAGUUGGUAGAGCUUGACAUGAGUCACAACUGUGUGAGAAGCCUGCCUGAUGGUGUGGGGCAGCUUAGAGGACUGAAGAAGUUUUGCAUCAGUCACAACAAACUCCAGAACCUUCCAGCUCAGAUUGGAGCGCUUCAGACUCUGGAGGAACUUGACAUCAGUUUUAACGACCUGCACGACUUCCCCAGGUCCUUCACCAGCCUUUGCAAGCUGCGAACUCUGGAUGCAGAUCACAACAAGCUGAACCGGUUCCCUGCUGAGAUCUUGGCCCUCGGGGAGCUGGAGGAGCUUGACCUCUCUGGGAACAAGUUUCAGGCUUUGCCAGCUGACAUUUUGAGGCUGAGAUCCACCAAGAUCCUGUGGCUCAGCAGUCUGCACAUGUCCUCCUUACCUGACACUUUCUGUCACCUGCACAACUUGGAGAGCCUGAUGCUGGAUGGAAACAACCUCACAGUGCUGCCUUCAUCCUUUGCUCAGCUGCAAAGACUGAAAAUGAUAAAUUUGUCCUCCAAUGAGUUUAACGAAUUUCCACAGGCUGUUUUAAGCAUUACAGGAUUGGAGGAACUGUACCUGAGCAGAAAUAAACUGACUAACAUUCCAGAGGGAAUUGCUCAGCUGGUGAAGCUGGUAAAUCUCUGGCUGGACAACAACAACAUCACUCAUCUACCUGAUUCCAUUGUGGAGCUUGAGAAGUUGGAGGAGCUUGUUUUACAGGGUAACCAAAUAGCUAUUCUUCCAGAUCAUUUUGGCAAGCUGUCCAGGGUUAACAUUUGGAAGGUGAAAGAUAAUCCUCUCAUCCAGCCUCCAUAUGAGGUGUGCAUGAAGGGAAUCCCAUACAUUGCUGUCUACCAGAAGGAACUUGCACAGUCUCAGCUUGCUGUGAAGCCAUGGCUCAAACUGGUUCUGAUGGGGACAAAAAAUGCUGGGAAGACCAAGCUGAGACAGAGCUUGGUACCAACUGAGCAGGACGUCAGAGGAACCCAGGGACAUAAAGGAAUAGAAGUCACUAAUUGGGUGGCAGACUCUGAUCACCAUCUAAUGUUCUUAGUGUACGACUUGUCAGGGAACCUAAACUAUGACCUCAUCAAACCCUUUUUUCUCUCCCCCGGUGCUCUCUAUGUUCUCGUUGUCAAUCUUAAAGCCUACUCGCCCAAGAACUUUUAUGCCCACAUCGGGUAUUUCCUUCACCUGCUGUGCGCGAAAGUCCCGCAUGCUGUUGUGUGCUUGGUGGGGACACAUGCUGACCUGUGUGGAGAGAUGGAGGUGGAGGAGAAAACUCUGGACAUACACAGACAGAUCGGCCUCCAGGAGAGGAGCGACAUCCAAUGUCUAAGAAACCUGGUCCAGCAGGUCGACCUCGCGCUGGAGCAAGGCUACAAGGUCCGCACCUCCAGCCCACAUGUUCUCUUCUAUGGUGUCAGCGACAAGAACCUGAGGCGCAAGAAAGCCCAGUUGCAAUACAUGCUUAACCAGCGAUUGCAGAUCCUGUCCCCGGUCCUGAGCAUUAGCUGCACAGAGACACAGAAGAACAUCCAGAGGCUGAGGGAGAAGCUUAUGUUGGUUGCAGACCACAGGGAGAUUUUCCCCAACCUUCACCGUGUGCUGCCAAAGUCCUGGCAGAUGUUGGAGGAGUUGCACUUUAAAUCCAAAGAUCUGUGGCUGUCAUGGUGGAGCUCAGCCCGUCUGGGCCUCCAGGCGGGACUCACAGAGGAUCGACUGCAGAGCGCCUUGUCCUACCUGCAUGAGAGUGGGAAGCUGCUCUACUUUGAGGACAGCAUCACACUGAAGGAGUAUGUUUUCCACAAUCUUCCACGUUUUAUUGCAAUUCUUAAUGUCUUCUUUCAGAGGGACAAGUCCACUCUAUUGGACCGGCUGCUGUCUGAAGGGGAGAGGGGUGACAAGGGGAGAGUGAGUCUUGUUAUUGAGGAUGAGAAGGGAGAGAACCUCAGGGUCACUCAUCUUCAGCAGCACCUGGAGGGCUUCCUCCAUGAUGGUAUCCUGCCCUCCAAUGUCAUCCGCCUGCUCCUCAGACCACACAUUGAGACACAGCAGGACCUCCACCUUAUUAUGGAGCUCCUGGAGAAGAUGGGUGUCUGCUACUGCAUCAACAAACCUCGUACCAAGCCCUUGAAUGGAGCCACAGUGUGGUACAAGUUUCCCAGCUAUGUCAGUAACGAGGAGGCUCAGUUAGAAGACUCAGUGGGACCAAACUCUCUGAAUCUUAGCCCCUUGUUCUCAGUGGAGCAGCUCUAUAUCCAGUACAGCUUCCCUUUCCUGUUUCCUCCUGGACUUUUUGCACGCUUCAGUGUGCAGAUCAACAACCAUGUGGUCCAGCGGUCAGAUGGCAGGCACCAGAUAUUUGCCUUUCGGGGGAAGGUCCCAGUUGUGAUCAGUCACCAGCCCUCUAAGGGGAAGCUGUUCAUGGAGACUUUGUCCAUCGCUAGCCAUGCCUCACUGCCUAACAUCUGGACUGCCUGGCAGGCUGUCACUCCGCUGGUGGAGGAGCUGAACAUGCUACUGCAGGAGUGGCCUGGUCUGCACUAUAGUGUACAUAUUCUCUGUUCCAAGUGCCUCAAGAGAGGGUCGUCCAACCCGCAUGCCUUCCCGGGUGAGCUGCUGAGCCAGCCGCGGCCCGACGGUCUGACUGAGAUCAUCUGUCCAAAGAACGGCUCGGAGCGGGUCGACGUGGCCCUGAUUUACCCCCCCACUCCCACAGCUACAAGCCCCAAGUGACUCUGCUGUCCCCCCUCACCGCAACCCUCACACCCAUCGACACAAAAACAUGGCUGCCCCGGCUCGUCUUGCCGUGUCUGCAGAAACCACAUCCCCCAGCGCUCCUGUUGUCCUCCUCCAUUAUCAGCACCGCUGCUUCUGCCAACACUGGAGCUCACAUCAACGUUUAGGUAGAAAACAUGUUCUGCUGUUCCUUCACCUGCCUCAUCCUGCCUGGACCUCAGACUGCUUCCUGUCAGGCCUUGUGUAAAUCUGUGGCUUUUGUGAAACAGUCCGCAAAAUGCCAACACAGCUGAGAUCCAAUACCAGGCAUUUAAUGCAAAUUUACUUGGGCCUGUCACUGGAACAAAUUUUGCCGGAUGAUAAAUUUUCCCAGUAAUUUUUGAGAAAAAAUUAUAAUAUUGUUGUUGUGACCCUUUUCAAGUAAUAUUUUGACAAUGGCAUAAUGAUGCAAGUUCACUCUCUUAAAGACCAAGAAAGUGGAAGAUAUACAGAGUAUCCAAAAUAAAACACAACAACCAAUAAUGAUAAAUAAAACCGAAAUAAAAACCUCACACAACCCAAACCAUAAAUAAAAUGGAUUAUGGUGUCUCAGUAAACCAAAUUUCUUUUGAAAAAUAUUCAUCAAUACAAUGGAAAAUAUGAAACUCAUUGUAUGUCAUAGUUGAGACAUAUCAGUAAAAGUCCCAUUUACCACAAUGAUGAGUGGCACAAGCUAUGGCCUCCUUCUAAUGUGUUCAUGAAGGAUCUUCUGUAUCUGCUGACCUUUGAUUUGUUUGACUCUAUCAGGCAAAUCAUGUGGACCAAAGUCUGUCCAGACCAGGACACUCCUGGUGUCUGACUCGGUCUCUGGGAAUGCCUCAUAAUACUUAUUAUGAAGGAGUUAACAUCUUAAAUGUUCCAGAUUAACUGUCAACUCUUCCACUUUUCCUUCAAAUUGAAGUUUCAUGUUUAAUGGUUGGGAAAGAGUAAGUUCAUGUUUUUAUGAAGCAGCUGUUUGGCGUUUCUGUUUUCACCUGAAUAUUUCUGCCUGUUGCAGGUUUGUAGCUCUGCCUGUUGGCGUCAGCCUGGUGCAGACAGAGGAGCAUCUCUGCAUUCUGCAGCAUCAACCACAAACGCUGCUUCAGAAGUUUCUCCCUGGACUCUGAGAUGAAAGAGUGAAUCGAAAUCGCAGUCUCAAACUCAUAGUCCAUUUAUUUGGUCAUUUAUCAAUAGACAGUUUUUUCCAGAGAAACUUGUGAAGGAGAGAGAUUCUCUUCCCCCACACUGCUCAACAGGCUCUGUUGAGCAGUGUGAGCAGGGGGAGCCAGAGGAAGAAGGCUCACAUCCUGAAGCUGCACACCUGCAGGGCAGCGUGGAGGAGAGCAGGAGCAGGGUGUCUUUACUCUCACAUGCAGCUAUUCAGUGCAGACCACAAUUCAGUUAUUCAUCACAGACAUCUCAGUCAGAUCUUAACUAAAUGUAACUGCAGAAGACAGGCCAGCUGGUGGAGCCAAAGAUGCAGGAGGAUUAUUUACAUAUCAGAGAAGCAGCCAGAAAGUUGAGCUGGUCUCGACGUUCCAAUCACUUCAUGUCAUUUCUUGCAUAAAUCAAAGUUGUUUCUGGGUGGGGCUUCAGGAAAUAUCUGGAAAACUAUAUUUUAUUUUACCAUCAGAUGAUCCAUGAAGCUGAGGACUAGACAUCAAGAAAGCUACCAUGGGUUCAGAAGCCUUUCAGGUGGUUCUUCAAGAAACAACUGCAAGACAUUAACUACUCUCAACUAUUCAACAGUACCUCAUUUUAAAACUCUUGAACUGUCCCUUUAAGGUCUGCUCUUUCAAUGCCCAUUUGUAGCUAUGAUCACACAUGUUGUUUAGGGAAUGCAGUGAAAUAUUUCCAGACUUUUUCCACAAAUCCAAUUUUCUAAAAGAUAGCUUAAACUUUUUGCUGAAAAUGUAUUGUAAACAGCUUUACUGAGAUAUCAAAGGAUGAAAACGAUGUGAUUUUGAAAAUGAAAAAUCUGUAGCAAACCUCUGCAUAAUGUACAGGUAAUGAUGAAAAUAAGUUUCCCCUCCCAUGACAGUGAAUGCAUCAGGGUUUAGGGAUGACUACAGAUAUGUCUAUGUCUUAUGUAAUAGUACAAUGAAGGUUUCCAGUCCUAAAGCUUGUUGUUGACCUGACGACAGAAGGGCUGGCCACUAGAUGGCGCCACAAAAAACAAGUUUUAUAAAAAGGUUUUGCAAAGGUGCCUCGUAAUUGUUCCAGCUAGAACUGCUCUCGCAGAACUUUGCAAGAACUUUUCCUGUUUGUUUCUUUCAUGUUUUUCUCUCCACAUACAGUUAGUUUUAAUGUGACAGAAUUUCCUACAUUAGGAUCUGAUGGACAUCUUGGAGAAGACAACGUAGCUGAGGGACUGGAACCACAUCAUUCACUCAUAACAUUCCUCUGAAAAUCCAGAUUUCUCAAACACUGACUACUAAAGAAAGCUUGAUUGUUAUUAUAAGUGAACUCAGACAUUUACGUGUGUGUGUGUGUCCAUAAAUUAGAACAUUACUGAAAAGGUCAUUCAUUACAGCAAUUAAUUCACAGAAAUGUAAGCCAAAGGCAAAAAUAUUUUUAGUAUCUACUAAAAGGUUAUUUGCGCUAAUGUUAAAAAUGAGCCUCAAUAGAACAUCAGAAGACAUUCUACGUUCUGAGGCGUUGGGAUGUAGAUCCCUGCUGCUGCCCAGCAGACUCCAUCAGAGCUAUGGAAAUGUGACAUGAAGUGACAUGAAGUGCAGAAUGGAACAGACCGAAUGUGAAACUCACAAAAAAAUCUACCAUUGAGCAGCUGAAGAAGGUUUCAACACGAAGCAGAGACACCGCUCAUCAACCCUUGUGGUCUGCACUUCAUCGGACCCUGAAUGACUGCUAGUGAUCCACUAAUCUCUUCCUUACACGCCCUUCAACAGGCCACAUGUUAACAGAGCAGAGUGUUCACAUUUUUAACUCCACUGCCACCUCUGGCUGAACAACUGAACCGUUCAGAACAGUGCAUGCUUUGGAAGGAUGAGAUCUGGUUGUUCCUAUUCUAAAGAGCUUUUCUGCAGGAUUAAACUUAAGACUGUUUUCUUUCAUGUAAAUAAUAUCUUUAUUUUUCUACUUAGACACAAGGUGUCAAGCUGUGGCAUAUUUACAGUGCAAUGCUGUGCAUGACUCAAGGGACAUGCACAAAAGGUUUUAUUUGUAGCUGGUUUCAAUAUGAAUACCAAAUAAAUAUAUAUCUGGCUUUAA